AUGAAAUUCAAAUUACAAAAUUGGUUUUCAAACAAAGAAUAAAAAUAUCUUUUAAGUGUCUUAGGGAUAUUUGCACUAUAUGGUUUGGCAAACUUUUCUAGUAGAUAUAGAAUUUAGAGAAAAUACAAUAAAUUAUGUGAAUAGAAAAGAAAUGAACUCAAAUGUUCAAUUUAAGAAUUUCGAUAAUCGAAUAAUUUAUAAACAGGUUUAAGUGGAGAGUUUGAGAAAUAAAUAUUAGAUUUUACAAUAAGUGAAAUAAAGAAAGUUUUGUUUGAAAAAAGAGUAACAGUGAAACAAGUGUUAUUAGUAUUUAUAAAUAGAACAUUAUCUGUAGGUACAUCAGAAAACUUGAAUCUAAUAACAGAUAUAAACUUUGUUGAAGCAUUGUAAGAAGCAGAGUAAGUUUUUAGAGUAAAUUAGUUAGGAAAUAAGAUUAAGAAAUUUCUUAGGAUCCUUAAAUAAUCUAUAAAUAUGAUCUUUUUGGAAUACCUGUUUCAGUUAAAGACACUUAUCUUCAUAAAGGAUUUGACAAUACUUAUGGAUUAGCUUCUAGAUUAUUUAAACCAGCAGAAUAUGAUGGGAUUUAGGUAGCUUUAAUAAAGAAAGCAAGAGGUAUAAUAUUUGUAAGAAGUAAUUUACCUUAAUUGGCAAUGACUUUUGAAUCAACAAAUAGAAUAUUUGGAAGAUCUUUAAAUCCUUGGAAUAAAGAUAGAGCAGUAGGUGGAUCUUCAGGAGGAGAAGCUGCUUUAUAAGCUGCAAGAUGUAGUGUAAUAGGUAUAGGAUCUGAUAUUGGUGGAAGUAUAAGAAUACCUGCUGCAUUUUGUGGAGUUUAUGGUAUUAAACCAGGAAUGGGUAGAUAAACAGAAGUAGGUGAAGGAAUUAUAGAAAAAGCAGCUAGUGGAAUGGUUAAUAUUAAACCAUCUAAAGGUCCAUUAGGUAGAAGUGUAGAUGAUCUAAUUGUGAUGUUAAGAGUUUUAUUUAAUUCUAACAAUUAUUACUAAUUACCAUAUUCAAUUUAAGAUCCUUAUUGGUAACCGAAAGAUCUUGAUUUUACUGAAAAUGAUAAAAAACAUAAAUUAAAAAUAGGUUAUAUUGAAUAAUUUAAUGAUUUAUUACCUCCAAAUUGUAUGAAAAGAGCUGUUUUAGAAGCUUGUUAAGCUUUAAGUACUAAAGGACAUGAAAUUGUUAAAAUUAACUUAGAUUAAGAACUAGAACAUGAAUUAGCUGUUGCAUUUCCAAGAUUAGUAGCAGCAGAAGGAGGAUUUAAAUCAUUUGAAGAUAAUUUAUAAGGUGAAAAAAUUAUUGAAGAAUAUGAAUUAAUGGAAAAAGGAACUUAAACUCCAUUAUUCAUUUAAAAUUAUAUCUUAGCACCAUUAUUCAAAAUAUUUGGGUAAAAAACAUUAUAUGUAAUGAGUAAAUAAACUCAUGGUUUAGAUGUUUAUUAAUUUUUAGUAAAUUCAGGAAAAUAAAAAAGGAUGAAUUUUUAAUUUUUAUAAUAUUUGAAAUAACAUGAAAUUGAUGCUGUAAUUGUACCUGGAUUUGGAUGUCCAGCAGUUAAACAUGGCGCAUCAAAAGUCUUACCUUUAGCAGCGUAUGAUUUAAUAUAUAUAUUUUUAAUAGUUUAUAUACAUGGAUGUGGAAUACUGUUGAUAUUCCAGCUGGAAGUAUGCCAAUUACAAGAGUAUAAGAUGGAGAUGAUUUAAAAAUUGAAGGAAAAGAAAGAACUAUUGAUUUAGUGUAUAUUAUGAUGAAUCAAAAUAUGUAAAAUGCUUAGGGAUUACCAGUUAAUGUUCAAAUUAUUUCAUAUCCUAAACAUGAAGAAAUGGUACUUAGAGUAAUGAAAGAAAUAGAAGGAGUUGUUAAAUUUAAUGAAAAACAUCCUUAUCCAUAUUGA